AUAUAUUCACGCCCCGGUUAUGAAAACACAGAUUGUUUGCAUGAUAUUUCAGGGCAUUUGGAACGAUUAUUUGUCAUUUGCUGGAACAGUUAUAACCAACUAUGACAGCCUUAGCAAUUGUACAAAAUAAUUUUGUCACUAGCAUUGAAAUUUUAGACAACGUCGUUAAUAUUUUGAGCGAUGAAUUAGAUGAGAAAAAAGCAAUAAGAAAAUUGACUUCUCUCAUUCCUAAAGCACACAAACAUUUGACCAAGGUUCUCAACCGGUGCCAAGGUGAGACUGACCGUGUUUCGCGAGAGAUCGAAGGCAAGGUUUCAGAAAUUAGCAAGAUGAAGAAUGAUAUUGCUGAGAAACAAAGACGGUUCGGAGAACUGCGCGUAACACUAAACUCACUGGAUGAACGGAUCGACAGCUGCAAAAACCAACGUGACGAGGCUCAACGAUCUUUGGAUCGUGCGAAUCAAAGACUUCGAGAACAACGAGAUGAACUGGAACGCAAAAGAGAAGGACAAACUGUUGCUACUGUGCUUGGCUUGUUAACGGCACCCAUAGGUAUUGGAAUUGGUAUAUUAGCAGUCUCUCUUACAGUCUUGGAAGACGGUAUUAAAGCUACGGAAAGGAACGUCGAUUCCACCAGAAGUGAUGUGCGAUCAUGUGAGAACACAUUGACGAGCAACCUCGAACAGCGACGCAAUAUCGAGCAAAAACGUUGUCGAGAGGAAGAAGAAAUGGAACGGACAAAGAGGAUACUGGCCAACCUUAAAGCCGAUCUUGCGCAUCUUAAAGAACAACAAGACAAGAUAAUCGUGGUGCACGAAAAAUUGAAAGAAAGCUGCCACUUCGUGACAACACUAUGGGGGAAAAGUCGUGUACUUGACAAGGAAGCCAAGAAUUUGUACACGUUAGAAUCACUUUUUAUCCCUCUUAGUGAGAUAGCCGGUAUGCUGCAAAUGGACGAAGAAAGUCGAGAAAAAGUCAACAUGUUGCUUACUAAAGAUAUGAAAGUGCUUGGUAAAGGAAUGGAGUCGAAAAUGAUGGCGAUAUGCCAAAGUAUGCGAUUGGAACUUGAUCUUGUUUAAAGCCUUUAACUCUCUAAUAUAUAUACUUUAUAAUAAUAAUAAUAAUAAUAUAUUUCAAUAACAACAAAUACCAAACAGGCAUAUAUGAAAACAUUUACAUAUAAGUACCUAAUGUACUGUAAACUAAACAAUAAAGUACGUAACAUAUAGUUCAUGGUUAGGAGUGCGACAUGCGUACUAAUAUUGAUUAACUCUAAUAUAUAAUAUAAUAUAAAAUCUAAUAAACUAUUGGGUAUUAUAAUAUUAAAGCUAGAAAUUCUACAAAAGACUAUCGUACAUUGCGAGAGUAUCAUGAAAGUAUAUUGAAAUUAUUUUCAUGAUAGACUUAUCAUGUACAUUUAGUAUAUAUAGAAAUAAGUUUUUUGUAUCAAUUGAACGGAAGGAUGAGUUGAUUUUGCAUAUAUCUGUUACAAAAGUAUUUCGGAGUUUUACAAAUUCGUUAUUGGGGCAUGACAUUAAAUAGUGAAAUUCAUCGCCGAUUUCGUCUGAUUGACAUAACGUGCACUUUCGCUCAUUGUAGGGGGUUUUGUUAUAUCGGCCAGAUUCAACUGGUAAUUUAUGUGCGGAUAUUCUUAAUUUCGUUAUUGCCUGACGAUGUUUGACAUUGCAAAUUACGUGAAGGUAUUCCUCGAAUCUGAAAUUAUUCUUAACUUGUACGAGAGUUCUUAAUUUACCAUUAGAACGACUUUCUUGAAAUUGACCUUUCCAGUAAUUAAUAAAGUAAUCAACUAGUCUAUUUUUUAUAUAUUUACCUAAAUUUUUCAAACUUUCAAGUUCUAAAUAAAUGUGGUCUAGCGAUCUCAAAUCACUUACUUUUAAUAUAUAGUUUAUAAAAGUAAUGGCCUGAGAAUUGGAUCGAAUAUUAAAGCGUGCUGCUUUACCCACCAGAGUAUUUAUAUAACUAGGGGUUUUAAUACGUAACCAAUAUUUUGUAGCUAGAGUAGAGAUCUGUACUAUCAAAGGAACUCUACCUAGUUCC